AUGGUGAUCACUAAAAAGAGAAGACCAAGGUCAAGGUGGUCUGAGCUCCCUACAGAACUACUAGAGUUGAUCAUGAAAAAGCUUGCUUCUGUGGACAUACUUCGCUUUGAAGCUGUCUGUUCUUGUUGGAAUCAAGCUGCAAAAUCUUAUAUCUCUGCCCCAUAUUUCACACUCGACAUUCCUCAAACCCCAUGGCUUAUGAUUCCUGGUGGUGAAGAAAACCAUGUCCAUACUCGCCGCUUCUUCAACCUCGCAGAGUUCAAGUACUACACUAUCAAAAACGCGUUGGGAGAUAUUCCUGAUGCCUGGUGUGUCGGUUCAUCACAUGGGUGGCUGGUCCUUACGGAGGAGAAAGGAACUGCUUGUCUUUUAAAUCCAUUUUCUGGAGAUAGGAUUGAACUCCCAUCAAUAUGGACACUGCAUCCAGUCAUAAGCAAGGAUUAUAUCGCCAAAGCUGUCACCUCCUCCAAGCCACCAUCGUCGUCAUCCUCGUCGGACUUCGUUGUUGCAAUAAUACUCUACUCUAAUACGUGGAUAACGCAACUUGCUUUCCAUAGGCAUGGAGACGACGCAUGGACUGGCUUCGGCCAGAAGGGUACUGUCUAUCAUGACGGUAUGUUCCACAGUACUAGUGGUCAUUUUUUUGCAUUGGCAACCGAUUGCUCAGUUGAGGUUUGGGACUUGAGGAAAUGUUUUCCCAUAAAAACACUUCAUCUGCAACCUUUUCGACACCGCCAAUUAAACAAUGACGAUGAUUUCAAAUUUGAUAUUCAGAAUUAUUUGGUGGAGUCCUUGGGUGAAAUUUUGUUGGUGAGGCGAUUUAUAGUGACGAAAAUUUUUUAUCAUAAGGCCCUACCCGAUGUUAUUCGUCCCUAUAGAACCUCUCACUUUUAUAUCUACAGGCAAAAGUCCACUAGCUUAGGGUUCGAGUGGGAGAAAGUGGAAAGUUUGCACAAUCGGGCUGUGUUUCUGGGUGGAAAUCAUUCAAUGUCGUUAUCUUCCCGGAACUUUCCAGAAUGUGAAGAGAACUCAAUUUACUUCACAGAUCAUAGGUGGGAAAUGAACCCUAAUAAAUGCUUAUCUGGUAAGAAGAGAAUUGGCUGUGGGGGUCAUGAUCUUGGAGUGUACAACGUGAAAGAUAAUAUUAUGAAGCCAAUGCCAUGUUAUUUGACAUUUGAUCGCUGGAUUAUAAAUCCACCACCCUUUUGGAUUGUUCCUGAUAUAAUCCAUGGUUUUGGUAAUGGAAGCUGA